AUGCCUCGGUCCGGUAGCCCAGCGUGGCAUUCCCGCUCGGCGGAGCAGACAGCCCGCCUUCUGCUCUCCAACGCCUUUCGGCAUGAUACGUGGGAGUGCGCGGCGGCCCGGAAGCAGGUUCAAUUUCAUGGCGGAGCGGUGCACACGCUGCGUCUCCGCUUUCGCGAGCUUACUAAGCAGCGGAUUGCGGCAAGCGAUGUCGAGGCCGUUAAUCUCGCUCUCUUCGACCCCACACGCAAGAUGUUUCUUGGCGCGACGUACCAGCUGGAGGCACGUGAUAUAACUCGGCCGCUGGCCGUGCAAGUGGCGCCGACCCAGCUCCUUGUGUUGGAGACUGUGGUGCAUGACACUCGCCCGUCGGCACCGCUGGAAGAGUACCGGGUUACCAGCUGGGGCUUCUGCCCAGUGGAGGAGAUGAUGAGGGGUACGAUCUCGGUCAGGCUGCGGCCUGGCAGUGCGCACCUCCUGCUCGUGGAGCAGAGCUCGUGGCCCCCGGUUAGCCUGCCGACGGCCCCGAGCGACGUCGCGCUAACAUGUGAUGUGGCUGUGGACCAGGACGCAGCACUCGCGCAGCUGAUGGGGGAGCUGGUGCCGCCUGGCAUCUUCGUCUCCGAGAACUUUACACGUGCCACGCCAAUGCCUGGCACCUCACUUUUCCGACUGUGUGUGAGGAACAUUGAGCUGUCUGGAUCGACGGAGGAGUCAGCGUUGAACCUAGCCGACCCGGACGCGGACUGGUCCGUCGCAGCGGUGGCCCAUAACGGCUUUCAGCAGCUUGGCAAGGGCAGCGAAGUGUCGCUGAUCUUAGAGGCACCGAGCGACGGCAGUCGGCACAGCUCCUCAUCGAUCACCUCUUCCUCAUCUACUCGGCGUCCGCCUGCAGCGCCAGCCGCCAACACGGUCCUUCUGCGCUCUGACCUGCCUCUCGAAAUUGACCGACUGCCCGUGCAUUCCGCCACGUCGUUGGUGCUGGCCAUACGCCGCCGCGCGCCAGGCUCACUCGCCUUUGCCGUUCUGGGCUUCUGCGUGCUACCGCUUUGCAUGAUGCCGAUGCAGGACCGCGACAUCCGAGUGGAGAACCUUCCCGCCUUGCGGGGCCCCUUCUCCUGCGAAGACGCACGGCUGCUGAUGGUGGACUCGACGAGCCCGUACGGGCGGCUGCCGAUCGCGGUAACCCUCACCGUGGAGUACCACGACACCGGCAGGCCAGCAAGGGCGCUGUCCGCAGGCCCCGUCGCCGCCCCAUCGGCGGUAGCAGCACAGCAGAGGGAGGAAAUCACGAAGGACGAGGUGAGCUCUUCCUCGCUGACGUCCUCCGCCUCCUCCGUCAUCUCCGGAGCGAGGCCGGCGCAGGUUCUUUCUACCGCCGACGUCCCUGGCAGUCGCGUGGCGGUGGGGCCACCCAGCUACACACCCUUGCCGGCACCCGCCGACGGCGGCGACAGUGCAGGCAUCUUCAAGCUGCUCUGCACCAUCAUGGAGGAGCUGCACAAGGUGCGCGAGGCACAGGACAUGAUUCUCCAACAGACCAGCGGUGAUGGCAGUGGCUUGGCUGCCCUCAGUCCUGCCCUGCAGGAGCGUCUCAACAAGGGCCUGGCGGACGGCGGCGUCGACUUGGUCGACCUCGCGCCGCGGCCCCUCGCAGUCUCGUGGAGGGCGCGCAAGCUCAUGCAAGAUGGCGUGCAGCCCAUUCUUCACCCCCUUCACGGGACACUGCUGGACGACACGGCGCCGGUCGUUGACGAGCUCACGUCGUCUCUCUACGGCUUCCGGCUGGAGGGCAUAACCGUGGACAGCGCGUUGCACAUGCCGGCGGACAUCUGUCUUCUCUUCUCGUUCGGUCCUCUACCGUAUCAGCAGGUGGGUCCCCUGCACGUCACCUCGGUGGAACAGACGCCCACCAACGAGAGUUACAAGGUGUACGACGAUCGCCGCGACGCCGGCUUUGUGUGGUGUGAACCGACAGCGGCACUGCAGUGCAGUGCUAUGCGCAAGUACAAGUCCUUGAGCAACGCUGUUGUCUACGUGCACCUGUACGACGCCCUGAGUAUGUUCUACCUCGCCACGGCAAGCCUGCCGCUGGCCACCUUCCGCCGCCCCAUCUCGGCCACGUGCGCGAUGAUCCCCAUGGAUGUGGUGCUGCAGCGGGACUUGAGCAUGACGGAGCAGGUGGUGCCACCAAAGGUGUUUCCCGUGAUGCGGCAUGCGGGUCAACUGCACCUCACCAUCUUCUGCGUAGGCAUCGGGGCCGCCGCUGGUGAUGGGAAGAGCUGCGCGGCUGCGCUCGCUACCGUGCGUCUUCCGGAGAACGUGCCGAGUCGCGUCAUUACCGCAAAGAAGCUGCGGCACGCCGACCGGCUGAGCCCGGCAGGCGCAAUCACACUGCCCUCCGGUAUCAAUGGCGCCGCAGCGGCGGACGGCGGCUCCUCGGACUCGCCCAGAGCUGCCGCCCCGCCGACUCCGGAAGCGAAAAAGGGCCGCGGCGGCGGUGCGAGCGGAGUCGGCACCCUGCACUGGCAACGCGCGCAGUACUUCAAGACCCAGCUGCGGGAGCACCAGCAAAGCGUGGGGACGGCGCCGCAGCUGCCGGGUGUGCCCGACGCACACGUGCAGGCAGCGCAGGAGGCGGCCGAGUUGGAGUACCGCCUGCGCCAGCUCGAACUCGAGCGCGCCGCCGUCAAGUCGCGGCGCAUUGCCGAGGCGUUGCUGAGCCGCCUCACUGUGGAGCACGACGUACUCGUCAUCUCGUGGCGCCCCGAGGUGGUGCGGACGUCCUUCGCGAACCCUUUCUAUUGCGCCAUGGAGUUCUUUGUGGAGGUGGACCCGCGGGACACCGACGUCUGCACUGUCACAGGCGCGCCCAACUUUGUGUUAGGGCCGCGCGAGAAGACGGAGCUGUCGCUGGCAAUACGGCUCUCCAUAGCGCAGGCAGCCGGCGGUGGCGGUGGGAGUGGCGCGAACCAGCAGCAGCAGAACAUCACAGUGCGCGUUUACUCUGAGACGCGGGAGCUGGUCUGCUGCAUCCGCGUACGUGCCACCGUCGUGCCACCGGUGGUGGACCGGCGCUACGAGAUCUUCGGUGCACCUGGCACGGAGGUGUCCAAGCGUAUCCUCUCCCGCACCUUCUCGUCUGCGAGCUUUCCCGUCACGACCGGCAGCUCCGCCCUGCUGCAGCGCAUGCGUGAGCUCUGUGCCUUCGUCGCCACGUCGGGCGAGAAGACGUCCGUAAGCACGAAUGUGGUGCUGGACCCCAUCACGCAGGCCUACAUCACCGCGUGGGAGGAGGCAACUGUGACGACAGAAAUACCGAAGGAGGUUGGCCGCCAGCGUAUCGAGUACGUGACGCUCUUCUACGACGCCGCCAUGAGUCGCCUGUACGAAACGUGGGAACUGUGCAUCUUCGCCUGUGAAAGCUUCAUGACGCGGGACAUCUAUUGGGGUCAGACAACGGCACUGGGCCUGCCUGCGGAGGGGACGCGCGACCUGUACUGCAGCGACACCGCCGUCACGGUGGAGCGGCGCGGGGCGUCGUACGUGCUGCGCCUGCACCCCCGCGACGUCGGCACGCAGCGCAUGCUUCUCCACACCCUGCAGGACGACACGCUCAAGAAGACGCUAGUGACAGUGUCCACCGUGCACCCCACGCCGACGUACUCACAGGUGAUCGAGCUCUCCCUCGCAGAAGUGAAGGGCCCCGUGCUGCGCCGCCUCACGUUUGUAAAUUGCGGAGACCGCGAGGAGGUGUUCCAGGUGCAUCACAACUACAAGUUCAACCUCCGCGUGAACCCGUCGAAGUUCACGCUGGCCCCAAGCGACACGCAGUUCGUCCGCCUUCAGUUCGACCUCCUGACGCUGCCGCCCGGUCAGCAGGAGGGGCGGUGGCCAGUGUGGAUCUUCAUCAACAACUCCGAGGACAAGACGGUGGAGUCGUACCAUCUGCAGAUCGUGCUCCGCGCGCACCCAAUCGUGAGCGUCGAGCCAUAG